CUCUGCAUGUCAGCUGUGCUGUCUACAACAACAAUAACUGCCAAGAAGAUACUGUAGUCGCUGAGGUUUGGCUUUUUUAUCUAAAGGUAUUUUUAUUAUUAUUAUGUCAGGAAAACUCCCGUGAUGUACACGUUGGUUAACCUUUGAUCGAGACUUUGACUCGCGUGGAGACACUAACGAUAACGUUACGCAACACUCCCAUUCAAAAUCUGGCAAAUACAAAUGUAGUAUAGCUUAUCGUCAAGAUACAUGUCAUGAACAUAAAUAACAAAACCAUUUCUAAACGAAUAGAAGCUACGUUUUGAUUCGGCUCGCAUAUGAUUCCACCAAGUAGCUUUUAUUUUAUUGGAUUUCGUUGCUUUUGUCACACGACUUUCUUCCGAGCCAACGACUAGCGAACGUAACAGACAACUCCGAUCUUAAAGUUAGUAUUUCUCAUGAUAUGUUCUGUUUUUAGUUUAGAUGUUGCCGAAUUGAAGAGGUGGUUCUAGUAGUGUUUGGUAGAUUUUAAUUUGUAUGUUACGCGGUCUGUGUUUCUGUCGAACUCAUGAUGCAGUCUACACUGCUGCACUUUGCUUUAUGGAGUUUGUCAUAGUGGAGAACUUGCAAGGUCAGCUCCAUUCACUUGCAGCAGCAAGUUUAGAUUUUUAUAAUUUGCCAGAUAUUUUGAUACUAGCAGCCAUCUGGUGCUAUUGAAUGAGGGUUGGACAUCUCUAAAUUCUAACCCGUCACCGUGACUCGGGAUACAGUCAGUGCCGAACAAGUCUUUACAAGAUCAAGCCUCCAUGCAUUGUGAUCUUAAUCACAAACUGUCCUGUUGAUAGUGAACCCAGUAACUAAGCACUGACUCUGCCUCACACAAGCGUUUCAUGCAAUCUGGCCUCACAAAGGAAGCUGAUUACUGCCCUUUGACCUCGGUCCUUCUGCAGUCCUCUUUCAUCCACCUCCACUUACUUACUGAUGGAGAUGAGCUGCUCAGAGAUCUCUGUGUGAGGUUGAAACACAAGUCCAGCACAUAGAGCCCCCUUUGAAGUGCAGCUUUAAUGUACCUGAUGCAGGACAGACAGACCCAUUAGAAUGGUAUCAUCAGUCUCCUGAAAAAAUAUUUGCAGUUCUGCAAGAACCACUAUUGUAGUAAACACUGUUAGUGAUAGGGCUACAACUACCAAUUCAUUUCUUAUUAUUGAUUUUCAGAAUUCAUCUAUAAACCUUUUACCCAUAAAAUGACAUAAGAUGGUGACAUGGCCAUCAUGGUUUCCUGGAGCCCAGGGUGAUGUCAUCAAAUGUCUUGUUACAUCCAACCAACAGUCCGAAGCCCAAAGAUAUUCAGUUUCCGACAACAAGAGUAAAAAAAUCAAAAAGCUCCAAAUCCUCACAAUUCUAAAGCUACAAGGGAAUGUUUGGCUUUCUGUGCAUUAAAAAAAGCGACUGGAAGGAUUAAUAAAUAUAAUCAGAAUAGUACAUUUUCUGUCCAUCAAUAAAUCAUUUUCAUCUGCAAAUUGAAUCUUUUCUUCUCCAGUCAACGGGACAAGUCACAGAGGAAAGAAAGACGGUGCUGUCCGUCUCAGAUGAUAAGGGGAGACUGGUGACUCACAAUGGAGGAUUUCAGGCGGACGUACCUGCGUCUGUGUAAGGAGGGCGGUGUGGAGCCUCAGGAGAGUAUUGUGGCUCAGCUCCAGGAGAGCAGGGCUGCUCAGGGCUCCAGACUGGACCUGAGCGGACAGAGCCUGUCUGCAGAUACCUGCUCUGUGCUGGCCAGGGCCUUCCAAAAGGAUAGCGUCUUCACGGAGGUGUUGCUCAGUGACUGCAUGCUCAGCGAGGAAGGUGCCAAAGUACUUCUGAGUGGACUGUUUGGCAACACGACUGUGAAAGUCCUGGAUCUAAAGGGGAAUAACCUGAGAUCGACGGGGGCUGAGGUGUUGGGAAAGCUGUUGGUGCGUAACAAGACUCUACGCAGGCUGGUGUUGGAGUGGAACGCUUUGGGGGUGUGGGACGAAGCCUUCUCGCUCUUUUGUGAGGGCUUGGCGUCUAACGGCGUGCUGACACAGCUGGACCUGCGCAACAAUCAGAUCAACCACCACGGAGCAGCCGAGCUCGCUCUGGCACUUAAACGCAACACCGCUGUUCAAGCGCUGGAUCUGAGGUGGAACAACAUUGGUCUCUUGGGUGGCAGGACUUUGCUGGAGGCUCUGCAGAAGAACAGGAGCAUAAUGCAGCUGGAGAUGGCAGGGAACAACAUACCUAGUGACACACUCAAAGCUCUUGAGCAGACCACAGGGCACAACUCAGACAGACAGUCCACCAUGAGAGAGAGCCGCAGCAGGACCCAGGUCCUCAGCAAGGAGAUUCAGACACUGAAGGAGGGGAAGGGUCGGCAGUUCCUAAGCCUGAUGGAAACCAUAGACAGGCAGAGGGAGGAGAUGGGUCGCUCCAACGGGUCCACCUCCAUUCAGAUCGGCCAACUCCAGGAAGCUCUGAAUGAGAGGAAGUCAGCUGUCAACUCGCUCACCGCUAAGUAAGCAUUUCAUUUUCCUUUAUUCAGUAUUCCCAAUAUGAAGAACAGCACAGUCUGUUGUGUGUAUUAGAGGAUGCUUCAUUUAAUUACAUAUUUUUCAGUCAAGUUUAAGGUUGUAUGAAGCACUCCAGUAUGUACUCCUCCACUGACUCAGCCCUCCUGAAGUAUUUAAUCAGGCAGCUAUUAUUAGUUACUGAAGGUUCUCGGCUAAAUAGAUGACCCCCGCCUGAAGCUUGUAUUCAUUCACCUCAACACAUAUGAUGUAAUGAGCUCCUUCUGCUAUGUAUAAA